GUUUUUGGUGGUAAGGGUACAGCGCGUGUACUAGCGAUAAGACAGAUCAGAUAGCUAAUUUACUAUUAUCUCCAUAUAGUUUUAUGUUAAGAGGAGAAACAGCAGUAAAAGUGGACAGUAUAAAGAAUACAUAUGCAGUAGAUAUAUUUCUUAGCAAUGAUUGAAAUUGAAGAUGUAACAGAGUAUGAAAGGAAAGCUAUAGAGGAGUUAAAGAGAAGAAUUGAACAUGAAUUAACACCAACAUUACUCGAAGAUAAAUCCUUGUACUAUAGAUUUUUGAAAGCUCGAGACUUCAACAUUCCACAUGCAGAAGCUCUAAUACGGAAGCAUAUGCUUAUCAGGAAGAAAUUUAAAGUGGACGAGUUUAUUCUUAAAGACUUCGAACCGAAUCCAAUUUUAAAGGAAUAUUUAUCUUCAAGCUUUGUGGGUUAUGAUAAAGAAGGAUCGGUAGUGCGGUAUGCAGAUGCUGGAAACAUGGACACGAAAGGUCUUUUUUCCAUGUUCACUUUUGAGGAAAUAGCCCAGUAUGUUGCAUAUUACUUCUUAAGUGAUGUUGAUCGACUUACAGAACAAAGCAAAAAGAUUAGACACGGAAAGAAAAUUCCUGAAGAACUGUAUUUAAAGCAAAGAUCAUUAAUAAACGAAAAGGGAGUAAGAAAACUAAAUGUGACCAGAUCAUCUUUCUCUGAAGUGAUGCUUUUAGUUCACGAACCAAAUACGUUUAUUGAGUGGGAAUUUGAAACAGCUAGCAGGAGUAUAGGUUUUGGUCUCUUCUUUAAAAACGAAUCAAACUCAUGCAUGGAAAUAGAAGAACUAAUUGAACUACAAAGAUUUGAAGCUACUCUUGAAACAGGCAUUUACAAGUGCAUUAAAACAGGAACAUAUAUUGUUGUUUUUGAUAAUUCGUUCAGUUGUUUCCAUUCAAAGGAAAUCUACUACAGAAUACGUUUGAUAAAGCCUAAUGAAGAGAGUUCAAACCUUAAUUAGAUUGUUUUUUCUCUCCAAUUUGUACAGAUAUCUCUCUGUAUAAAAUAAUUAUGUAUUCAAUGUUUAUG